AGCAAAAAGAAGAACAAUAUUCUUCAGUGUGUGUGGAAUUUUCGGAGGUGUGCAAUAUAAGAAUUAUAAAUUUUUAUUUUCAAUUAUAUUUUGUUUAGAAUUAAGUGUUUUUUGUGACAAUGUUUACACUUUUAUUACGAAAUGCAAGAACUUAUGCUACACAUGCCUCCAAACGUGCUCCCGUGGUACGACCCAUCAAUAAGAUUUUAAUAGCUAAUCGCGGUGAAAUAGCGUGUCGUGUUAUUAAAACCGCACGCAAAUUGGGUGUACGCACUGUUGCUGUUUACUCCGAUCCCGAUGAGAAAUCUUUGCACACCCAAUAUGCUGAUGAAGCAUAUCGUGUGGGAGAGGCUGCCACUGCUUCCUCUUACUUGCGUGCUGAUCGCAUUAUAGAUAUAGCCAAGAAAUCAGGCUGUCAAGCUAUUCACCCUGGUUAUGGUUUCCUUUCCGAAUCGGUAGAAUUUGCAGAAUUGUGUCAAAAAGAGGGAGUGGUCUUUAUGGGUCCACCCUCUUCGGCUAUACGUGAUAUGGGUAUUAAGAGUACUAGUAAACAUAUUAUGGAUGCUGCUGGUGUUCCCAUUAUUAAUGGUUACCAUGGCGAUGAUCAAUCCGAUGAACGUUUACAGGCCGAAGCGAAAAAAAUUGGUUUCCCUUUAAUGAUUAAGGCUGUGCGUGGUGGCGGUGGUAAGGGUAUGCGUAUUGCUGAUAAGGAAGAAGAUUUUAUGUCUGCUUUGAAUUCGGCUCGCAAUGAAUCGGAAAAAUCUUUUGGUGAUAGUUCAGUAUUGUUGGAACGGUAUGUUAGAUCUCCACGUCACGUGGAAGUGCAAGUAUUUGCUGAUCAAUAUGGUGAUGCUGUGUAUUUGUGGGAAAGAGAUUGUUCCGUUCAAAGAAGACAUCAAAAGAUUAUUGAAGAAGCACCAGCACCUGGUUUGUCGGAGGAAUUGCGUCGUGAGUUGGGUGAAGCCGCUGUACGUGCCGCCAAGGCUGUGGGUUAUGUGGGCGCCGGUACUGUUGAAUUUAUUAUGGACAAAGAGGAUCUCAGUUUCCAUUUCAUGGAAAUGAAUACGCGCUUGCAAGUAGAGCAUCCCAUUUCUGAAAUGAUUACUGGCACCGAUUUGGUUGAAUGGCAAAUACGUAUUGCUGCCGGCGAACCUUUGCCCAUGACACAAGAACAAAUUAUACGCAAGGGUCAUGCUUUCGAGGCACGUAUUUAUGCUGAAAAUCCUCGUGGUGGUUUCCUCCCCGGCGCCGGUCCUUUGCGUUAUUUGGCUACACCUCAGCCUAGUGAAGGUUUGGUACGUGUAGAAACUGGUGUACGUGAAGGUGACGAGGUAUCAGUUCAUUACGAUCCUAUGAUUGCUAAAUUGGUAGUAUGGGGUGAAAACCGUACGCAGGCUCUUAAUAGUUUAAUCGCUCGUUUAAGUGAAUAUCAUAUUACCGGCUUGGAAACCAACAUCAAUUUCCUUAUCGACUUGGCCAGCCAUCCUGAAUUCCAGGCAGCUAAUGUUCACACCGGCUUUAUCGACCAACACUUUGAUACUUUAUUCCCCGCCUUGGAAAUUCAUGAUGAUGAUUUAUGCAAAGCUGCCUUAACUCUUGUAUUCAAUGAAUUGCAAGCUUCCCAAAUCAAUACCAUACACAAAACUGAUCCCUUUACCUCUUCACCCAAUUUGCGCUUGAACUAUGAUUUAGUUCGUCAAUAUCAACUUAAGUCCAAUGACAAAACCUACCAAGUCUCCUUGAAAUACGGCAAUGAUUCAAAAAUACAAAUUAAAAUCGAUGAUGGUGAAUGGUAUGAUGUCAAAGCCGAUCGUCUAAUGGAUGGUGAACGUUUAAAGAUAAGAUCGAAUAUCUCUAACAAUAUUUCCACCUAUAAUGCACACAUAGAUGAAUCGGAAAUUACCAUUUUCUUGGAGAAUGGUAAAAAGACUUUUGAAUUGGUGCAACCUAAAUUCUUGCAUACCGCCUCCGAUCAAAUGGGUAGUGCUGGCUCUAAGGUUGUAGCCCCCAUGCCAGGUGUUUUGGAAAAGGUUUUAGUUAAGCCGGGAGAUCAGGUUAAAAAGGGUGAUAGUUUGGCUGUUUUAAUUGCCAUGAAAAUGGAACACAUUUUAAAGGCUCCCAAGGAUGCUGUCGUCAAAUCUAUAGGCGGUGCUGUUGGCACAAAUGUGGCCAAGGGUGCUGCUGUUAUUACGUUUGAAGAAGACGAAACUGAGAAGGCAGACAAGUAGAUAGUUGCUGCUGUUCCAUGAAAAUUAUUAGUAGAAUUACUUUGUACCAGAAGAAAAAAUUGCAUUUAUUUUAUAUAUAUUUUUUUCUUUAGUAAUCCCCAUUUUUGUAUAGUUUAUAAAUUGGACCUAUUGCAUUUAUUACGUGUAUAAAUAAGGCUUAAAGCUAAAAUGUUAUUAGUGAUUGUUAAACAAAUAAAAUUUUUAUCAGUGUCAAGUACAA